AUGAGUUUCCCAUCGACCAAAAGAACGCAGGCAGAGUCAAGCGAUUCUGAGUUUGACGGACAUGUCAUAAAACGUCAAGAUGUUAAUGGACAUGUGUCAGAUUCGUCUUCUGACGAAGAUGUAGAGUACGUGGAAGAACUCGAAAUUCCCGGGGCCGAAGAUCAUGUUAACAAUGCCAAGUGGCAAAGCACCAUAUCUAAAGUUGUUGGAUCCGUGGUAUCCAUACAUUUUGCUCAAGUAGCACCAUUCGACUGCGAUCCGGCUCUUGUCUCUGAAGCCACUGGUUUCGUGGUGGACUCAGAGUUGGGAAUCAUCCUUACAAAUAGACAUGUUGUUGGCGCUGGUCCAUUUGUGGGCUACGCAGUGUUUGACAACCACGAGGAAUGUGAUGUGAUACCAAUUUACCGUGAUCCAGUGCACGACUUCGGCUUUUUAAAGUUUGACCCCAAAAGCAUCAAGUACAUGAACGUUCAAGCUUUGGAGCUUAAGCCUUCCCUCGCGAAAGUCGGAUCGGAGAUCAGGGUGAUCGGUAACGAUGCUGGUGAAAAGCUGAGUAUUCUUGCGGGUUUCAUUAGUAGGAUUGACAGAAACGCCCCUGACUACGGAGAGCUCACUUACAAUGAUUUCAACACAGAAUACAUACAAGCCGCUGCAUCAGCCUCCGGUGGGUCUUCAGGAUCCCCGGUGGUCAACAUAGAUGGGCACGCAGUCGCUCUUCAAGCUGGUGGCUCAACAGAAGCGUCUACAGACUUUUUUCUACCCGUGAAUAGAAUCCUGAGAGCACUCGAUUGCAUAAGAAAAGAUGAACCGGUCACCAGAGGUACCAUUCAAACUCAGUGGAUAUUGAGACCCUAUGACGAAUGUAGAAGAUUGGGACUCACUGCUGAUCGCGAACAAGAAGCUCGUAAACAGUUCCCUGACCGGAUUGGUCUAUUAGUUGUGGAGACAGUGCUUCGUGAAGGGCCGGGCGAUACAAAAAUCAAGGAGGGUGACACACUCAUUUCAAUCAAUGGUGAGCUUAUUGCCUCCUUCAUACAAGUUGACGAUAUCCUGGAUAGCAGUGUGGGAAAGAAUAUCGAGCUACUUAUUCAGCGUGGUGGCAAAGAUCUCAAUAUUACGUGCGAAGUGGGGGACCUUCACGCCAUUACCCCAUCGUCGUAUCUAGAGGUAUGUGGUGCCACGUUUCAUGAGCUUUCAUACCAAAUGGCAAGGUUUUACGCUAUCCCAGUCAGAGGUGUCUUUCUAAGCAGUGCAUCCGGAUCGUUCAACUUCGACUCCAAGGAGAAAGUUGGCUGGAUAGUCGAUGCCAUCGACAAUCAAGAAACCCCUAACUUAGAGACUUUCAUUGAAGUUAUGAAGCACGUUCCAGAUAAAAAGCGUGUCAUUGUCAGAUAUCAUCACUUGACAGAUCAACACUCGCCAAAUGUUGCCAGCAUUUACAUCGAUCGCCAUUGGUGCAGUGAAUUCCGCAUAUAUCAAAGGAACGACAAGACUGGUAUCUGGGACUACAAGAACCUUGCAGAGCCCCUGCCUUCAUUGCCUGAGAUACCUCAUGAAGCCAAAUUCAUUGACUUGUCCAUUGAAAAUAAGGAAUUAGCAAAACUCUCCAGAAGUCUUGUUACAGUCACCACAAUGUCACCCAUUCCUUUGGACUCGAUGUCAGCGGAAAGUCGUAAGGCUGCUGGGCUUGUGAUUGACGCGCAACAAGGUUAUGUCAUAGUCUCGCGUCGUGUGAUACCUCACGACUGUCUAGACGUAUUUGUGACCAUAGCUGAUUCCGUCAUUCUUCCAGCGGAAGUGAUCUUUCUGCAUCCUACGCAAAACUACGCAGUGGUCAAGUACGAUCCCUCAUUAGUUAAGGCCCCUGUGGAAACUCCUCGCAUGUCAUUUGAAAGAAUGAAGCGUGGCGAGAAGUCCCACUUUAUCGGGUACACUCACAACAACAGAUUAGUGUCUUCUGAUACCAAGGUAACCGACAUCUCAUCCUUGAGUAUUCCAAGCAACAUUAUUCCCAGAUAUAGAGCAACGAACCUCGAGGCCGUUGGUAUUGAUUGUAACGUGAGCUCGAGAUGUAAUUCCGGUAUAUUGGCCGACGACGACGGUACAGUGAGAGCUCUUUGGUUGUCCUUCCUUGGUGAGAUUCAGGAUGGUAAAGAAAAAGUCUACCUACUAGGGUUGGACCUAACCGACUUGAAGCCCGUAAUUGAUCUACUGAGGAGCGGAAAGAGACCAAGAAUUAAUAUCGUUGACGCUGGUUUCGGCUCUAUCUCUGUCGCGCAGGCCAGAAUCCGGUCUACGCCGGAAGAAUGGAUUUCCAAAAUGGAAUCUGAAUCUGAAAACAGACUGCAGUUCAUGCAUGUAACAAGAGUGUCUUACACCGAGGAGAAAGAAAAGCUUCUACCCGGUGAUGUCAUCUUGAGUGUGGAAGAUAAACUGGUCAAAGAGAUGAGGGAUCUGGACGGAAUCGUUACGUCUGGAGAGGGUCCUAACAAGGAGCAAGUCUUGAAUUUCAAGGUGGUCAGAAACGGUCGAAUUGUUGAUCUGCGUGUCAAAACAGUUGAAGUCAGUGAAACAUCCCAUUUUGCGGUUUUUGCCGGUUGCAUUCUACAGACUCCUCACCACGCUGUUUUGCAAGCAAUGUCCAGCAUUCCUAGCGGCGUGUACUGCACAUUCAGAGGCCAGUCUUCCCCUGCUACCCAGUACGGAAUAGCAUCCACUAAUUUCAUCACACACAUUAACGAAAUCGAGACGCCAGACUUGGAGACUUUUGUGAAGGUGGUAAAAGCGAUUCCAGACAACACAUAUUGUAAGAUUCGUUUGGUGACUUUUGAUAAUGUUCCUUUUGCCAUUUCUCUGAAGACGAACUAUCACUAUUUCCCAACUGCUGAGCUCAAAAGGGACGCUGUCAGUGGCAAAUGGAUUGAGAAUGAACUCAACAAGACCGAGGAAAAGUCUGAUUGA